CAAUUCUCAGUGCUGGAAAUGCAUCAAAAGUGAAAAUCAUACUUUGUACAAGGAGCUGGGAUGUUGCUUUAUAAUUCUUUUUUGUUUGUUUGUUUUUGUCAGUAGCUCCCUACAGGAAACUGGCUCAAAGAGCUGCCAUGAAGUGUCCUGGACAAAUAGAGAGCUCACGACUUGCCUUCUUCCUGGAAAAUGCCUUAGGCAGAGAGGCUAGGAUUUGGAAAGUKCCAGUUUUCCAGAAUCUCACCCUAAAGGGCACAGAUAUCUCUCUGUCGUGUUACAAAAAAGCGGUUCUCUGGAUUGCAGAAAUCAGCUCCCAGUUCCAGUUUUACCCAGAAACAUUCGCCUUAGCCACCAGCAUCUUCAACAGACUGUUGGCAUCAGUAAAGGCCCAAUUAAAAUAUCUGCAGUGCAUUGCAAUUUCCUGCCUUGUCCUUGCAGCAAAAACCAAUGAAGAAGAUGAGGUAAUACCAUCGGUGCAGACGCUCGCGGCGCAGAGCGGGUGUAAACUCUCUCCAGCUGAGAUCUUGAGAAUGGAAAGAAUUAUACUGGAUAAGCUUCAGUGGGAUCUUUACACAGCAACACCAAUGGAUUUCUUAAAYAUUGUAAGCACUAUGUUUUGCCAUUUUUUUUAUCUUUAA